GCUGGAUACUGAGCAGCAGUCGCCCCUGUAGAUGUGAACCUAGAAGAUACUGAGGUCCCAUGUCCCAGGCCUCCGCAUCCCCCGUCUGUGGAUGGAGUCCUGCACAGACAUUCUCCUCUCCUUCUCUCACAGGAUGUAGACAUUACUGGGAACGGAUCGUCCAGACUGAAAGUUCCAAUGACUUGUGACUCAUUCUUGAGACGGAGAUCCCAAGGCUUUAUGUGGGGCCACAGCCUGCCCGAAAUGGCCCAUAUCCCCAUGUACCUGAGCCCAGCUGUGUUUGUCCUAUUCAGCUGUGACCUCUGCUUGGUGAAAGCCAAUCGACCCCCCUCUCCUGUCAAUGUGACAGUCACACAGCUGAAGGCCAACUCCGCCACUGUCUCGUGGGAUGUCCCUGAAGGCGACAUCAUCAUCGGAUAUGCCAUCUCUCAGCAGAGGCAGGACGGGCAGAUCCACAGAUUUAUACGGGAGGUGAACACCACGAAUCGGGCCUGUGUGCUGUGGGACCUGGAGGAGGACACGGACUACAUUAUCCAGGUCCAGUCCAUUGGACUCUACAGCGAGAGCCAGGCCAGUAAGAGGAUUCACUUCCGAACCCUAAAGGAGACUGAUCGCCUGCCAUCCAACAGCUCUAACCAAGGAGACAUCACUGUGCAAGGAGUCGAUAAAGAGCGGCAGCUGGAGACUGGAGAAAUUAUAAUAAUUGUGGCGGUGCUGCUGAUGUGGGCAGCGGUGAUCGCCCUCUUCUGCCGCCAGUAUGACAUCAUCAAGGACAAUGAUUCCAACAACAAUAAAGAGAAGGCCAAACCGUCGUCAGAACAGAGCACCCCGGAGCGGCCGACAGGGGGGUUACUGCGGAAAAAGAAGACCCCGUCCGUCAAUAUUAUUGAGGUAUAGUGCUGCCCCGUCCUGGCCCCAGUUCUUCUCGUGGUGUCCUGGGACUGAAGACUCUUUAUAGCAAUACAAAUGGAACUCUGCUGCCAGCGGAGCUUUCCCAAGGGCUCAUCUCAUCUCCUCUGCCACAUGCAGAUGACAUCUUGCCAGCUGUGGAACCUAAAGACCUUGAAAUGUCCACCGGGUGUAGAAGAUGGUCAGUGCAGACCUGUGUGUUGGUCAUACUCCAUAUACACUAUGUAAGAAGAGCAUGUAGACACUGCAGCAUGGAUGGAGUGCCAUAACUGACCAGAAGACAAGCAGGGACAUUAGAGAGACGCCAUGCUCAGAUGAAAUCUUUGGCUGUGGAUCCAGUUACAAUAAUGGUUCUUAACCUCUUCGUCAUGACCCGGGCACCAGGUGGCUCAUGCCUCUUAGUGGUUCUCCUCUUCCCAUAUCCCAAAUUUAUCUGACCAGAAUAUUUCGAAUGAUGACGUUUCGUCUGAUUGAUAAUUUGGUGCCCAUUGUGUAAUAAUAACAGGUCCUGUCAUAUGAGGUUAAGAACCGUUAUCAUUCACUGCAGGAACCAGUAUGAUGGGGGUUAUUACUGUACAUUAUAAUAUAUCAUGGGUGAAGUCUUCUCCUCCUGGUGACAUCAUGGUACAGGUCAUGUCAUUGUACUAAGUUAUUGUAUUAUCAGGCCGAGUAACAGUAUGAUGAGGGUUACGUCAUUAGUCUGGAUAAUAGUUUAUUGUGGGUGGAGUCAUUCUCUCCUAGGAACAGGAUAAUGGGAGUUAUAGUCCAAUGAGAAUGGAACUAUCUCCACUUGGUUAGUCAUAUCACUGUUGUAGUAUAUGAGGAUUAUAUUAUUAUGAUGGGGGUCAUAUCACUGUUCUAGGUGAGGGUGGAGUCAUUAGUAUAAAAACCUCCUUUUUCCUUGGAGGAUGGGUGUUAUAUUCUUAUGGUCAUAGUAUAAGGAAGCUCCAGGCCAUUCUCCUUUAGCUUCUAAUACAAGCAGGUCCUACUGACGGGGGCGCUGCUUCUGGAGCUUUCUCAGCACUGUGUUUGUGUGAUCACCUCUGCCUGGAUAUCUUCUGCCACCUCUCGAUUUCUGUGUCGUGUGAAGCUCGGCUGUUGUCAGGAGACAUUAUGGUGACUUCAGUCACCAAUCUGCUGGAUUCCCACAAUCGUUGUGCUCUCGGCCACCUGCUGCUUACUGCUGAACCUAUAUCAGUGCCUUUUAUUUUACGUUCUCUCACCCAGCAGUUUGUCCUUCUGUGCAGUUUCUUCUGGGACAUUAACCACCCAGGAAGCUACAACUAGGCCAUAUGAAUCUAGAACGUUACCAGUAGCUUAACUGUCUGAAUCUAGAACCCUCCUUGUACCUCGGUUGUGUGACCUUAGAGCAUUUCCUGGAACCUAAAUUCUCAGCUGUUGAUAUCUGUCAAUACCAGAUUCGUGGUGCCGAUACUGUGUGCCUGAAACAUUUGGGUGUGGGGGAGUCUAGAACAUUUCCCUAAGCCAAAAUUUGUGAAUUUAGAACAUCCAUGGUAGGCAAGUGACAAGAUUUUGGAAUGUUUCUUGAUACCCAAGUCAAUAAAGAACAUUUUCCUGGUGCCACGACUGUGCAAGUCUAGAACAUUUAGCACUAAUUCCAGCGUUGAUGCAUUUGACAUUGGUUCAUAUGCACCCUCCACACAUUUCAUAAUAUGGGAACUGGAAAUAUCUGCUGCAAAAUAUAACCUUACACCAUGCUGCCAGUCUACUGACAUGUGCAGAACACGUGACAUGUAUGAAGAUGAUGCAGGGCCUCUAAUCUGCAGCACAUAGUUCACUAGAAUCGUGAGACAUAAAGUCCAGGAACUCGAUGCCCUCUGUGACCCCGGGACGGACAUUGGUUUGGAACGAGGGUUGUCCACUUCUAUUUUCAGGACCAAAAUCUAUUUUUCUAAGAUUUUUGUUAUUGCCUUAAUGGAAACUGUGCACGCCUCUCAGUCUGUCCUUCACUACACGUGGAGUGACAGUGCUAUGUCACAGCUAUUUCAGUCAACAUGCAUGUUCCAUACAACAUAACGUUGGUGGGAAUGUGUGUGCAGCAGACGUGACGCAUGUGGAAAUUGUUCUUGAUCUUCAUCUAGCCCACCUAUAGCUCUACAACUGGAAGCAUUUGGUGUAGUAAGCACGGUUGAUAUUGGGGGAUGUUAGUGAGCCCAAUGUCAGCCUCCAUAUUGCAACCUGACCAUCUCAUUUGCUGUCCAGGUGGACAAGCCUUGUUGCAGACACUGGGGACAUUGCACAAGGAGAAUGUGGAUGGUACGACGGGGUCACAGAGGGACACACACGAGUUCCGUCAUCGUUACUUUUCCUUAUUGUAUUAGAACAUCUGUCAUGUGGUCUUCUACCAGGUGCUGGGUUCUAAGCUGAGGCCAUUCUGCAGGUCGGAGAUGUGUAAUAAGAAUAUGUGCAGCUUGUGUGCAUUGUGUAUUGGCCUGAGCCCACUUGAGCAUUGUGGACCUGGUGCUGUUCACUCCCUCGGCCCAGUACUCCAUGUCAGGUGUUCAUGAAUAAAGAGUAUGUUCUCCACCAUGCAGGCAGUCUCUUCCUUCUACCUGUGCUGUGUUCUGUGUCUGUAGAUAUCCAGUCUGAGACCUGCAUGUUCUGGCCUGUCUGAUUGCAUCGUUCUGUCCUUGUACAUAUAAGUAGCAUGUCUCUGCUGUGUCUUGUAUAUGAUCUGUAUAAUACUGUAUAGCUGUGCAUUACUCUGUAUAUAGAGGCAUCGGCGUCUCAGCAUUUACUCCUGUAUUGCACCAUAACAAUCGCAAGUCUUCCAGUUACUGAACCAACAGAACAUUUGUACUAAGAGUUGUCCACAACUGACACAUGCUUCAGGCAUGACGAUAUGUCCCGUGUUUGUGAGAUCUGUACAUGUUCUAAUGGAUUUCAUUCUUCGUGUAUUUGUUUCUUGUUCUUUUACCAUUUAGAUCCGUUGUCACUUUAUUUCCUGCUCCAAUGCUGCAUGUCAAUCUCUUCCUUCAGCCUCACCCACCACGACUUCCCUUCCAGGUUCUCUUCUACACUUCUUAUCCAUUGUCUUCUAUGUCCACCUCAUUCCAUGAGCUUUCAUGUCGUACUUUGAUGCUACAUCAUCUGUAUCCAUAUUCUCCAAUCAUGGCCUCCAUCAUUUAUUACUUAAGCUUUCUAUGUUCUUACCAAGACAUCACCUCCUCAUCUCAGGUUUAUCUCACAGUAUCACAGUCCGUUUCUUCACACUCUCCUUCCAUCUUAUCCUCUUCUUAUCUCACCAUCACUUAUGACUUGAAGCCAUUCUCACCUCCAUGUGUCCUCUUCUCAUCACCCCAUGACUAAUGACUCCAUGCCCUACGCACUUCCAUGGUGUGUGCCAUCUUCUCAUCACUAAUGACUCUAUGC